GGAGAGAGUGGGUGAGGCGGGGCAGCCUCCUUGGUGGCCCUGCGUUGCCAGCGCUGGCCGCCUCUCGAGCUGGCCUCGCCCCGCACCAUGCGCUCCCGUCAAGAAGGAUCCAUUUUUUGUCGGGCGCGAUGGGGUGCUGUCGUCCAGGGAGGUCGGUGCUGGCCGCGCUGGCGCUCCCGCCUUCUCGUGCAGCUGUCCCCAUGGCUGGCCCACCUGGUCCUGUUUGCCGCGACUGCGGCCGAGGCCGACAGCACAACCACGGUUGCCAUCGGGAUGAGAAUUGUCAACGGUGACGAUGUAGACAUCGUGGAUUAUCCCUAUCAAGUGUCCAUCGAGAAGUCUGGUCGCCACAGCUGCGGUGGGGCCAUCAUCUCCAAGAACUGGGUCAUCUCGGCAAGGCACUGCUUCCCGGGCAGCAACUCCGAGAAGGCCAUGGACUUUCGCGUGCGCGCCGGCUCCACGCUGCGGCAGUUCGGGGGAAGCUUGCACCCCGUGGACCGUAUCCUGGUGCACCCCGGGCCGGCAGGCUACGACUACGACAUCAGCGUGCUACACGUGACCAAACCGUUUGAGUUCAGCCAGACGGUGCAGCAGGGAGAGCUGCCUCCUCAGGUGGACGGCCCCGUGCCCGCGAGGCGCCGAGUCCAGGUGACCGGCUACGGCGCCCUGCAGGAGCACUCGAGACUAUCCAAACGUCUACUGAAAGCCGACCUAACAACGUGGGAUCGGAAGAACUGCAGUGAUUUAUACGAAGAAAAGGCGAAACAAAAAAUCACAGACCGUAUGAUUUGCGCCGGAAAUCCCCUUCAAGAUGCAUGCCAGGGAGACAGUGGAGGACCACUUAGUACGGGCCCUAGGAAGUUGGUGGGUGUGGUUUCCUUCGGAAUGGGCUGCGGAAAACCCGGAUUUCCAGGAGUGUACACAAAUCUUGCUCAUAAAGAUAUCCGUUCUUUUAUCAAAGAUAACACAGGAAUUUAGAUAGAUCUUAUCUUUAUUUGUAAUACAGAUUAAUGUAUAAAAGUUGAGCAAAACUACUGAUGGGGAGGAAUACAAAGUAACUUUUCAAAGCAGAAAAAUAUUGACACAUGAUAUAAGUAGUACAUCAUUACAAUAAAAUCUCUGGUAUAAUUGUAAACAACAAAAAUUAUCAUGACAAAUAUACCUUUCCCAUGUUUUAAUGCUAAUGGUUACUGGGCUUUAAUUUUAAGUAGACUAAAAAAAUAGUAAGGUUCUAGAGUAAGUGGAAGCACACAUAUUGGUCAAUGGUUAGAGAGAAAAAAAUCCAAAGAACAUUAAUAAGUCAAAUAAAAUAAAAUAAUCUUAAUCUAAA